GAAGUUUAGUGUUGGACAUGCAGUGGCUAACAGAAAUACAUUAGCUUAGUUGGUUAAAGUCAAUGCUAACGCUACUUUUAUGGCCGCAGAUAUGGAUUUACCAGCUUCAUAUUAUGGGAAACUUGAUCAAAGAAACCCAGUUAUUUCAGCUUUUGAACGAGACAUUCACUCGUUUAUGAAACUGAUGAGACGAGCCACUUCUACCAGUCAAGACAAAAGCGGCUCUUAUGCUAAAGGGAUUAAAAUGCUGGUGGAGACAUGGAUAAAGUACAAACAUCGUCUGCCUUCUAAGUUGUACCAGGAGCACAUGUUGCAGAUUGCAGAUUUUCUCUGUGGAAUAAAAUUGUACCAGUUGGCUCUUCUGCAUGGCUACAGUCCCUACCUGCUGCAGUUUAGCCCAGUGAAAAUAACUGAGAUCACAGAUGUGGACCACUUUAUGGCCUGCUUCUUUCCUGAAGGUUUUGAUACAGAACAAGACAUCUUUGCCAUGAAGAUUCGUGCAAUGCAGGGCUAUGCCCUGUGUAUAUUUGAGCAGGAGAAAAAUCACAAUAUCCUCAGCCAGAAGGGACUCCAGAAUCUACUGCACGUGUUGAACUUCAUCAGGAUCAUGAUGCAGGCUUUUCAGCAACACGAGCACCUCUGCUGGCAAAUAUAUAAUGGUUCAAUACACAUGUACACUAUCUGCCGUUACCUGAUGACAAUGAACUGUAGUGCACAGGCACUGGAAUACCUUCUGUGGGCAAGUAUCAGUUUAGAGCUGUCCACCCCUUUGAUGACUGCUAAAUAUCUGCCAUGGAUUGUCACACUCUACUGUGCUGUCUGCCACUGUUACUAUGACAACCAAGCUACACUGCGGGCGGAGGAAUUUGCCAGGAGAGCUCUCGGAAAAAUCAAUGAGCUAGCAAAACUGGAGGAGGAGAGUGAAAUUCCUGCCACCAGAGAGACCCAGAGAGCUUACAAAGAAGCUUCUAUCAAGCUGGGCACCAUGAUGUUUAAGAGGGCGGUGUUUGAGACCAGAAGGAGACCCAAACCCACAUUCAGAGUCAAAACCAAAUGCACCCUCAAAGACAUAGCUACUAAUAUGCCAUGGCCCCGUAACACAACAGAGCGCAUGCUAAUGGGCUUGUUUGACAGCGGCGCAGCACAGUUCUGUGGCAUCUUAGAAGCGCUAUGGGACAGCACCAGACACCCACUGAAUACAAGGAGGCCAGAUGAACCAGAGGUACAAGAGGUGAUCCUGGAACUCCUGUCUGCUGGCAUCAGUAUCUUAUCUGGAGCUGCAACUAGUGGUGAGCAAAGGAGUGCUGACCAUCUGUGCAUGUGUCUUAGUGCAGUGACAUCAGCAUCCAGUCUAAUAGAUUUAGCCAUUGCAGGAGAAAACAAAAUACCAAUCAUAUCUGCAGUGAGGUUCAUUAAGCUGUUGUUUCAGUACAAGCAGCCAGAUGCGUUCACUGAACUUGCCAGAGAGAUGCUGCAGGUUUUGUCUGGUAUGGAAGGUCAGCCAUUCAGGAGGGCAGAGCAGGAGCUUGCUUUACUUGACCAUUUCAACAGUCUGCAGUCUUCCCAGAAGAGCCAUCCUAAAGUUAACAACAUGACUGAUGAAAGACACAAGUCUCUAUUUUUAAUGAAUGAUGAGUUCAUCGUCCUGGUAGACACUCUGCACAAGUCUGUUUGUGGUUCUGCUCCUGAGGUGCAGCCGGAUGGGGACCUGGUUUUGGAUGUUGUGCUAUUUCUCUGGAGUAAAGUGAAAGUGGUGAUGCGGAGGGAAAAUCCAGAGUUUACACACUACAUUGAAAAGGCAGACUAUUCCAAGUGGCUGUGGUGCCUAUUUGUGCUGUGUGAGGUGGCCUUUGCCUGUAACCUGGCAACAGUUGAUUGCAUAAUGAUGGCAGAGAUGGUCCACACAGUGGCCAUAUUGCUAGAGAGUGCAGCAGAACGCUGUAAACAAACACACCAUCGAGCUCAUGAAGCAGAUGGUGACAGUAUGAAGCCAAGUUUUUUCUCUUUUCUUGAGAGCUCGAGUGUAGAGCUUCUUCAAAAAGCAUGUGAGGUGGUGCAGAGAGGUCUUAAAGCUCUGGAAAAAGGUGUAGCUACACUGUUUCCUCAAGAUUGCUCCGCAAUCACCGAUUCUGCCUUCAUGCAGAAAUUUUGUUCCCGCCCUCUAUCGACUCCCUCUCUGUCUUCUGUGACAUCGUCACAAGAAGUAAAUAAAGAAGAUGAAAUAUGUGAGAAGAAAAAAGAAGAGGAAAUCAAGGCAGAAUCAAAUAUUAAAGGCUCUCAGGACACUCAGUUCACACGUGUGCCCCUGCUUGCCACAGACCUUCAUCUAGAGUUUGACAUCAUCCACCACAGGGCUUCCCUCAAGUUACUGCAGCUAAAUGCAGUUGCAGAAUCUGAACUACUGGAUCGGAUUAAGAAGAACAAGGUGUCCAAAGCUCUUUUCCUGAUGCAGAAAGCCUUACUGGUAUACAACAUGGAACCCAAUGGCUGCAGCAAAACCAAGAGUCUGCUAGAGGAUGCCUCCUCCCUAAUAGAAAAAGCAGGAGUAGAGGAAAGAAAAUUGUAUUUCUCCACUAUCCCUAAGACUCCAGCUGAAAAUAAAGGCAAAGGGAUGAAGGAGGUAGAACACCCCCCGCCUCCCCCAAUCCUACUCUUACGAACUGGCCACUCCUUAACCUUUGCCCCAGCACCUUAUAAUUUGGAGGAACAAGUGUGCUGGUACCAGCUCUGUGGCCGUGCAGCUGUGGGCAUUAACUUGAAAGUUCGCCUCGGAGACUGCAGCCUGCCAGGAACUGGAUACAUGGUACCAGCAGUAUCUGGUGAAUGUGUGCUGAGGGUGGAGGGGCUGGUGCCCAACCAGAAAUAUGUGUUUGCUGUUGCAGCCUACAACAGCCAGGGCAAGCUUCUGGGAAACACCAUAGGCGCAACAACUUUGCCAUUGCUGGCAUCCAUACUUGUACCACUGCUGCCCACAUGGGCUCACUUGGCUCAGGUGGCAUUUCAAACAAAGCACUAUGAUGUAGCAAAGAGAGCUUGCAGGGAACUGUGGAACCACUAUACCUUCUCUGACCCUGGGAUCCAAAACACACAGAAUAGACUUGCUACCACAGGUCUGCAAAAACAGACCCUACAACGCUCCUCUUCUCACCUGUGUCAGUUGUUUUUCACAUCAAUCUUCAUUGAGACAGAAAUCAACAUUCAACAGCAAUUGCUCUACUGUGACUCAUUCAGUGACAAUGGACCAUUUAUCUGGGAACAGGAAGCCAGAGUGGCAGAAUGUGAACGAAUGCUGGUAGCCAUGGACUUGGCGAUGUGGUUGAAUGACGGUAUUGCUGCCAUGCAAGCUGUAGUAGGUUGUUAUGGCCUCUUGGCACCUCUGAUUUUUCAUCAAAUCUUUUGUGACCCUGUGGUACAGGUGCUAAAGAAAUGCUUGAUAGUUUUGGAGGACAAUUCAGGUGUUCUCAAGCAAAAAUGGACUAGAAACAUCUCUGAGUCAUUUAUGCACAUGAUAGCCUGCAUCACUUACUAUCUGUCAAAGGCAUCACGUGUGCUCAGGGAGCAUCAAAUGGCUUCUGGGAUGAUGGACUGUGGUCGCAGGCUGCUCCAGGAGGUCUAUGACUCCCAGCUGCAAAUCAGUAGUCUUGCCAAUGAAGCUGUGGGUUCUAAGUCAGUAGAUCAUGCUGCAGUCAAGGGUGAAAUAAAGAUGAGUCUUCAGCUGAAGGCACUGCAUGUGAAGAACAAGAAAAGAAUCACAUCUGGAGCAACUCUCCCCACUGACAAUGAGAUUUCUCACCCACUGACUAGCUGUGAGGAUCCUAUCAUAUUGUAUGAUUUGGUCUCCAGCAGCACAUUAAAGGAUGCCUACCAGCAUGUGAUGAAGCUCAGACAUAAAGCGUAUUUCACCGAGUAUGCGGCACUGUUACUCCAGAGAACCAUGGAAGAAGGCCAUCCAGACCUUGUGUUAAAAUGGGGAGAAAGCAUGUUUGAAUUUCUUUCCACACGUGACGAGGCGAUGGGACUGUCCACCAAAUGUUUGGAGGGAAACAGUCAGAGUAAAAGAAGAAAUAGUGUUCAGGCUCAGAAAGGAAAUGAGCCACCCCAGCAGAACAAAAACCCACCUUCUCAUGAUGAAACAAGAAAGAAACUAAAGCAGAAAUUGCCGCACAGGAUGCUUCAAACAGUGAGAACCUCCAGGGAGAUGCAGAUUGUGGAAAACCUGCUAGCCAUGAUGUCAUCUGUGGUGCAACGCCACAAGAAACAGCUUCAGCUGAGGAACAUAUGCUGUGAAGAGAGAGUGUGGAAGUCACAUCUUAACUACAGCAUGGCUCAGGCACACUUAGCACUGCCUUACCAAGGCCUGGACCAUCUGCAUGGAGGAGCCCUGCAGUAUAGAUACAGCCAGUUAAAUCCCAUGUGUUUCUCCCUGGCCUACUCUGGUGUCAUGGUGUGGAGGAACCCACAGUCACUCUCACAGUCUUCUAAACAUGAGGUUGUCAUGGAGAAAGACUCCUCUCACUGUGGUCCUAGGGAAGACAUGGCUACACACAAAAGCAGGAGCAAAAAGGAGGAGGUUGGAGUUGAUGACUUUGCAGGCAAGAGUUGUGAGAAGGGAGAGGACUCCUCUCAGCCUGUGGAACAGCAGAUUGAGUUGCACAGAGGCACUGCUACCUUGCUGCUGGACUCUCUUAGCAAAGCUUCUUUACAUCUCCGAAGGGCCAUGGUGUUGGCCCAUCGUGGUAACCAUUGGACCACUCUACAAUGUGUGUGUCAGACUGUGUGGGACCAAAGCUGCAAAACUGCAUUCUUAGUACAGACAGCUGCUCAGCUUGAACCUCCCUCCAUCAUCACAGCGGAACAGCUGCAUACCACCAUUACCCCGCUGCUGGUGAUGUCUACUGACCUAAUUAUGGACAUGAUAAACAAGCUAGGUCUGUGGAGUUUGUAUGACCAUGAUUUGACAGAGGAAGAACUAGAAUCCAGUUUCCAGUUCUCAGCCCCACUGGAUGACAGCACCCAAGUGAAUCUGCGUUGGGUCCGCACCUUGGUGUUGCACACUCUGGAGUGGCUCCAUAACAGCGGCAAAUGGGAAAGCCUGGCCCACUUUGCCUUACUGUACAACUCAUACACACGGGAACGUUAUGCCUUGAUCAUAACUCCUCUACUGGUUCACGCUCAGAGGAGGCUGCUUGAAAGGAUUAGUUCUUACGGAGGACCUGCAGUCCCACAACCACACCAUGUCAAAACACAGAAGACCACUGGCAAGAAGGUAACUUACAGGAGCUACGCAGGCUGCCAGCUGUUCAGUGGGUGGACCCCUCACUCUACACAGCAACAGCCCAUUCACAAAAAAGCAGUAUUCACAAGUUGCACUCCACGUGAUCCAGCUGAGCUUAAAGGUGCAGAAAUAAAGCACUCCAUGUCCCUUGUGUGCGUUCCUCUGGAUGUAGAAGACACACUGCACUGUUACUCUCAAGCUCUUGAGAGAAGACCACGUUGCCUUCAGAUCUUCCAGCAUAGUCGCUCAUUACUGCGGUUGCUUCUGGCCUAUACACAGCCCUGUUUUGCAACCCAGUUGCGGCACUGUCCGAGCAGAGGUUUCAGCCAUUCAGCAAGCCUGGUGGACUUCAGUCUAGCUGUUAUGCCCACUCCGAGCAUUGAACCUCAUGACCUGACAGUGGAAGACUACAGUACCCCAAAUGCUCUUUACAGCCUCGCUAUCAGCCCUGAUCACAUGCCGACUGUCACUGCUGCCUACACCACCUCCAUUAAGUCUCUCGAGGCCAACGGUCAUGACUCCCUUAAAGUUAUGGCACUGCAUGAAAUGGGCGACCUACAGUUCUACAAUGGAAACAUGGGGGCAGCACAUUCAUACUGGAGGAAAGCUAUAGAUUGUGCCUUACAGAGCUCAGGUGCUGUAGAGAAAUGGGAUGGUGUGUCCUUUGGGAGUGGCUCCCUGCAACAGCCCCUGAAGCAGGCUGGAGUUUGGGGAUGUUUACAGGCUGCUGGGCUCACUGCUAAGAUUGCACAAUAUAUUUUAACUUCUGAUAUAAGCCAGCGAACCAACUGCUGUCUCCUGUCUGCUCACCUCUUUAAGUGCGUGCUGUGUUGCUCCUUGGCUCAACCCCAGGCCGACCUCCAGUAUGCCUCCCACAGCAUCGGAGAUGAACUGCUCCCUGGAGUUGACCUUUUCUCGGAACCUCACAGGAUUCACCUUGGCACCACUGUCUCUAGCCUUAACUUCGUCUGCCAAUGGCUUUUCACCACAGGCUACUACAUCACGCUACUGCCCAUACUAGCCCUUUACCUACAUUUUGUGGGGACUAUGUGCAGAGAUGUGCAACGCACUGUGGAGGGCAAAAUAAUUAAGAUACGUGCCCUUACUGAACUGUAUUUGUUUACGGAAGCUGUAAAGGAGGCAGUCCAGCUUACACAAGGAAUUGGGGUCCUUUUGCCUUAUGGACACUAUAUCGCCAGAGACAAUCUCCAACCUGUGAAGAUGUUCUACAGCAACAAGUCUCUCCUUGAAAAUGCUGAGGCUUUGGACGAACUGGUGAACUGUGACUUUGCACCCCAGGUGCGCACGUUGUAUGGCCCCACAUUGUGCCUCCGAUUCAACCUGGCUCGUAUUCAGCUAGUCCUGGCACUCAGUAACACUGUACAUGGCUCUCAUUUGCCAGAUUCUGUUGAAGCAAAAGCUUGUGCCAGCAUAUCAAGUUCAGUGAACUCAGAGCACCAUGGAAAGGAAAGCCUGGUCACUGAGAGUUCCUGCCUAUACACAGAAGAGCCGAAAGUGCUAGAUCUGAAUAGUGUGAAAAAGAAGCUCACUCCAGAAAGGAUUAAAGUCCUUCUGUUAGAAGGAGCAUCCACCUUGUUGCACUCAAGUUUUCAGCAUCUCACAUCUCAGUGCUGCAGUGAAAUAGAGAACUUGGAACUAAAAGUAGAGUCCAAUCUUCUAAAGGCCAAUCUGUAUCUGCAGCAGGGACAUGCUACACUUAGUUCUGAGAUGGCAGUUUCAUCCUUGGUGCUGCUGCAGACGUCUCCUUUAAUGACAGGACGAGCCAUACCUGGAUCGCAGAAACCUGCAUCUGAACUUUUACAUCUCAGAAAUGGAAGUGAACAGGGUACUAAAGAUUUCAGUGUGUCAGUCCCUUUGCAUGGAGACUGUCCCAGAGCACAUGAGGCCAGUGAGAGGACUGGAGUUUCUCUGUGGCAGCGCUGCCGCCUGGCUCUGAUCCGCAGCUUGGUUGCACACAUCCUUGGCACUGCUGCCCUUUUCCCAGGUAAGAACAUUAAUGAGGAGGCAGCACGGCUGAUACAGGAGGGUCUUCAUGAAUGCGCUCAAUGGGGAGAGCUUGAUGUUCAAGCCCUCUUGAUGGUCGAAGGUGCGGAAUUGGAAUUACAGAGAGACAGGACUGAUGAAAGCAUUUCAAUGCUGCAG